GGGUUUAUCCAGACCCAUCAACAGAGCGCCAACAGAUAGUGUCAGGGAGGCCCCAGAGACGCAGAUGGGCGCCGUGCGAGCUUGCCAAAAGACAGUUGAGCUGUUGACAGUCAGACCGAGGAUAACCUGCCACAUGAUGGGAAUCGUGGCGCUGCUCGUUGACCAGAGGGUAUUCCAGUGCUUGGCGCCAAGGAUAACCCACAGAGGAAGGUAGAUGGGAUUGAAGAUUGCGAGAUACAACAACACCCGAACAGUGGCGUUGCUGUCCGUAGCAUCAACCAGUUGUGGCAUCCCGUUCUCACGCUCUUGGGUUAUUAUCAAUAUGGUGAGAUGGAAAAGUUGUUUAAUGAAGCCGAGGAAGAAGGCAAAGCGAUAAACAUUGGAGAUCAGCUUUUGCCAACUAGAAUGAAAACUUCGGUUCCACUACUCCUGGGACCUGCCAGAGAAGAGAAAUGUGGCGGGGUCGGUAUUCGAGUUCGUUACUGCAUUUCCACAGCUACAUGUAGGGGCCAGAGUAAACUUUCCAAAGUUACCAUUAUGCUGGAACACGUACGGGACUCCUCGUCUGGCCGAGUCCGCUCUAAUGUUGCAUUUAAAAUGAUGAAAUCCAUCGAUAGUGUCAAAAGAAGUCGUCUGCGGCGAGUCUCUGAAGGCGACGGAAGCGUGGCAGCCGCUGAUGCCUCGAAUGUUGGUGAGCCUCGGUUAGGAGACCCAGUUCGUCGUUUAAGUACCGAACACUGUGUGAACACAGUAGCAACCAGAAUCAAGUAUGCCUUGACGAUGACUAGCAGGUUCCCGCAAAACAGAGCCAACCAUGACAACCUCCCCAUGAUAAUGCUGAUGGUGACGACCCGACCCAAAAGAGCAAACGGUCGGUGGAAUAGCAUGUACAUGCCAUCAAACCUGGAAGCUCCGUUGCAGAGGGCGAUGGGCCAUAAAUAUAUGUCACCAGGACUACUUCAUGAAGGUUCAUGCCCAUCCUGCAAGCUGGCGGCAAAUAGAUAAGAUGGCGUUACUCAACCUCCGGUUCUCUUCGCGAAAGCUUCUUCCAAAACCUUUGAUGGCGCCCUACGAAUGCCGCAGAGACUGUCUAACCGUGGGUGGGGAAUACAGGCGACUGGGUUGCGUGAUCAGUCCUGGACAAAUUUGUUACCCUCUAUUCCGAUACCAAAGCCUCUACGG